UUGGUGACAGAGACAGUGCGAAGUUUAAAGGCGCUCACUCACAUUUGCACUGCGUGAACACUUGAGAAAAUAGCUAGCCUACAUCAAUUUGUUACGGCCUUCACUGCGCCUAAGGGAUUCAGUUCGAUUGACAUACCCUGUCUAUCGACGCGCUGAGGCAUUCAGGGACUUACCGGAAACCAAACUUUUUCUUCAAACUUGUUUCGUAGCUGAGUCAAACGCGUCGAAAGAGGAAAGAAAGAGACAAGACCGUUCCCCGUCCAAACUUUUACAGUUCCUUAUUUUCUUCCUCAUAUUCGAGUCAUGUUGGAUAAUAGUUGGUUGCUGUCUAAAAGAAGUGAAAUACUGACUUUUUGUCAAGAAUAACGGCCGCCUUCGAGUGUUAUUCCUCCACACAUAGUAUAACGGAUAUUCGUUUUUAUCAUGGAAGACGAAGUGAAAGAGGACCCCACCAGGCCCAACGAGGACCCCACCAGGUCCAAAGAGACCAUGUCCACAUGGAAGGCCGGUUGGGUGAAAAAGGCCUCAGGCAGAUUCCUGGCCAGCUAUAAGGACCGCUACAUCCAGGUGGAGAGGACAGAGCUUGUGGUGUACGAGAAUGAGGACCUUGCGACCUACUUGGAGAAAGUGGACCUGGAAAACUACGAUAAGUGUCACGAGUUGAGGAGCGCCUUCAUGAAGAAGAAUAGACUGGUGUUGAUACGAGCGGCCAAAUCAGGGAAUAAGGUCCAUGAUGUCAAGUUCCAGGCUCAGAACCUGGAGGAGAAGGAGGCUUGGAUUAAGGCCUUUAGUGACGGCAUCAACAGAGCAAAGAAUAAGAUAUUUGACGAGGUGAAGGUAGAUGAGACCAGUCAGUUGGAGCACGCAACACGCACAAGGCCGAAAGGAAACCGUAACAGAAGACCACCGACCAGGAUACACAUGAAAGAGGUUGCCAACGUCUCAUCAGACGGCAUUCUCCGGGAUGACCUGGACGUGGUGGAUGCCAGCAUCCCCAACGGGACACACCAGAUCACCACAGACACCACUGAGACUCCCAAAAAGUCUGUGAAGCCCCCCAUGCCCCCCACGUCCAAACCCAGCGAGGCCCCAGAGGAGUGUCAGACCACCCAGAGCCCUGACGAAGGUCUGCCAUCUGAAACGGAGCCCAGUCCCCAGAAGGUCCUGAAGCCCCCCAUGCCGCCCUCCAAAGAGGCCGAGACGGCUGCUGCUUCUGCAGGGGACCAACUCCCUGAUGAGACUAGCACUGACAGAAGCCCAGAGAAAAAGGUCCUGAAGCCUCCUAUGCCGCCCUCCAAAGAGGCCAAGCCCACAGUGUCUGCCGAGGACCAACCACCUGGGGAGACCAGCCCUGAAAAAAGGUGCAUAUCAUUUGUUGUUUUACCCUCUUCUUUCCAUGUCCUGAAGACGCCCAUGCCACCCUCCAAAGAGGCCAAGCCCACUGCUCCAGCCGGAGACCAACCCCCCAGGAACACCAGCCCCGAGGGCAGCCCAGAGCAGGGCUUCGAGUCAGCACCACCGCCCACCCCUCCCGGCAAACCAAUCGGCGGCUCCACAGACAACCUGGCCGAGGCCUCCCAAUCCAGCCAGGAACACAGACCGCCCACCCCACCAUCCAAAGACAAGAAGCCCACUCAGACAGCCGUGCAGGAGAGUACAGAGGAGGCUAGUGGGAUGAGGAAGAAAGGUGAAGAGGAUGAAGUAGAGGAGAAGGAGGAAGAGGGUUCUGAAACGAUUGCAUCUGACGUUCAACAAAGCAGUAUCCUUGAGGGGGCUGAGGAUGAGGAGGAGUCUCCUUCCUCUCAGCUUACAACACCCAUGACCCCACUAGAGGUCAAAGUUGAAACCUCUGUGACUGACCACCCAGAGGUCACCACCACCACCACCAUAGAAGAAGAGACGCAGAAAGUUGCCACGCCCAUGGCUCAACAACAAGUGUCUGCCCCUAGUGGUGGAGUGGAUAUAUCCCCCAAUGAAGAACCUCAGACAAUGAAGUCUUCCCAACUCACAGUAACGCCGUCAGUUCAGACACCGGAGCCAAUCAAAAAGAGCCCUGGCCCUCCCGGACCUCCCACAAAGAAGAAGCCUGUCGUCCUCCCUCCUCCCAAAGCAGUGGUGGUGGCUCAAGACGUCCACCUAAGCGAGCCUAAGAACCAAGCGACAGACAAAACCAAGAACAUCAUCAUCACCACCACACCAGGAGAGAAACUCAACUCUAUCACUUCACCAACACCAGCCGUGGUGACCACAACCAGUCCGACUGAAGAAACAGAGGACCUGAAAGUUCCUGUGGUCGUUGAGACUAAGUCUGAGUUCCCAGUCGUAGUUCUCUCUCUGAGUGACCCUGAGCCAGACAGCUCCUGCUCCAGCCCCGUGUCCUGCCACCUCUCCCCGGAAAAGAAGAGUGAGCGUGAAGAGGAAAAGUCAGUCGACAGCGGCCAACACUCGGACAUCGAUGUCGAUGAAGAAUGGUCAGAGAGCAGGGACACUUUGGCAGCCUCCACCGCUGCCCUAAUGGGCAGCCAAGCUGGCCUGGACGCGCUGAUGGAUGAGAGUCAAGACGGAGACACGGAGACCCCCGGCAGCUUGGGACUCAGCACUGUGGAGGACUGCCCUUCUACGACCCAGACCCCCCAGGACAAUCACUCUGGCCUACACUCCACCUUCCUCCAGGUGAGGGUCAGUCAGGCCUCCCAUUGUCCCCCCAUCCCCUUCAAACCCUUAGCCAAGCUCAUGUCCACCUCUUUGGGGGAUCUCCUCUCUGAGGCCUCAUUGGGUGAAAACAUGAAACAGCCAAUCACAGACGUGGCCGUGACAAAGGCCACCGUGGGUCCUCAAAACUUAACAGAUCUUGAAAAUGAAGUGGCCCUGGAGCUGGAAAAUACAGAGGAGCUCCUGGGGAGCGUCGUCCCCAAAGGGAGCACCGAGGUUGGGCAGAACUCGGCCCUAGCGGGGGGCAAUAGCCUGGAGGACAGGUCGCCGGAGGAGCUGCUAGCCAGAGCCAUGGAGAAGCUGAGGAAAGCAGACCAGUUCCUCAGGCAGGCCAAGUAUAUAAAAGACUCAAAACAUUCUGAGAAUACUGCCAAGAGAAACAGCUGGUGAUUGUUAAAUAUGAAGGAGAAGUAAGGAAAAUGUAUUGAUUAAUGGUGAUGGAAAGUAGUAGCUUGGAAGGACGACAGGUGUUUUCUUAUUCUGGCUGAUUAUGCAGCAUAUUUAUGCAAGUGUUCUGCUGAGAUUUAGCUAAGUGCAAUUUUUUCAACUUUCACUUUUCUCCUGCAAAUGGAGGUUGAUUGUACUUUUUGUACUUAAAAAUGUAUUUUACAUUCCACAUUGAUCAUCAUCACUUUCCCAAGGACGUUUACUUGAAUACUUUACAACCCCCGAUCAAACUUUUUAAUGAUAUGUUUAAGGAUGUUUCAAAAUGACGUAAAUCUUAGGGGAUGUUGGAAGAGCCUGCAACUCUUUGUAAUCCACGUUUUGAAUGGAUACAGAUUGGUUUCCUCUGUAAUCCUUGCCAAUCAAACCAUGAGGACAUUUGAAGUAAGCGUGUUCAUGUAGUUGUAGUAAUCAUCAAAUCAAAUUUAUUUAUAUAGCCCUUCGUACAUCAGCUGAUAUCUCAAAGUACUGUACAGAAACCCAGCCUAAAACCCCAAACAGCAAGCAAUGCAGGUGUAGAAGCACGGUGGCUAGGAAAAACUCCCUAGAAAGGCCAAAACCUAGGAAGAAACCUAGAGAGGAACCAGGCUAUGUGGGGUGGCCAGUCCUCUUCUGGCUGUGCCGGGUGGAGAUUAUAACAGAACAUGGCCAAGAUGUUCAAAUGUUCAUAAAUGACCAGCAUGGUCGAAUAAUAAUAAGGCAGAACAGUUGAAACUGGAGCAGCAGCACGGUCAGGUGGACUGGGGACAGCAAGGAGUCAUCAUGUCAGGUAGUCCUGGGGCACGGUCCUAGGGCUCAGGUCCUCCGAGAGAGAGAAAGAAAGAGAGAAUUAGAGAGAGCAUAUGUGGGGUGGCCAGUCCUCUUCUGGCUGUGACGGGUGGAGAUUAUAACAGAACAUGGCCAAGAUGUUCAAAUGUUCAUAAAUGACCAGCAUGGUUGAAUAAUAAUAAGGCAGAACAGUUGAAACUGGAGCAGCAGCACGGCCAGGUGGACUGGGGACAGCAAGGAGUCAUCAUGUCAGGUAGUCCUGGGGCAUGGUCCUAGGGCUCAGGUCCUCAGAGAGAGAGAAAGAAAGAGAGGAGAGAAUUAGAGAAUGCACACUUAGAUUCACACAGGACACCGAAUAGGACAGGAGAAGUACUCCAGAUAUAACAAACUGACCCUAGCCCCCCGACACAUAAACUACUGCAGCAUAAAUACUGGAGGCUGAGACAGGAGGGGUCAGGAGACACUGUGGCCCCAUCCGAGGACACCCCCGGACAGGGCCAAACAGGAAGCAUAUAACCCCACCCACUUUGCCAAAGCACAGCCCCCACACCACUAGAGGGAUUUCAUGUAUGAGGUGGGUUGUGUUUAUGUAGUUGUAGUAAUCAUGUAUGAGGUGGGUUGUGUUUAUGUAGUUGUAGUAAUCAUGUAUGAGGUGGGUUGUGUUUAUGUAGUUGUAGUAAUCAUGUAUGAGGUGGGUUGUGUUUAUGUAGUUGUAGUAAUCAUGUAUGAGGUGGGUUGUGUUAUUGUAGUUGUAGUAAUCAUGUAUGAGGUGGGUUGUGUUUAUGUAGUUGUAGUAAUCAUGUAUGAGGUGGGUUGUGUUUAUGUAGUUGUAGUAAUCAUGUAUGAGGUGGGUUGUGUUUAUGUAGUUGUAGUAAUCAUGUAUGAGGUGGGUUGUGUUUAUGUAGUUGUAGUAAUCAUGUAUGAGGUGGGUUGUGUUUAUGUAGUUGUAGUAAUCAUGUAUGAGGUGGGUUGUGUUUAUGUAGUUCAUGAAAAUAUAAUUUUCUUGAGAAGUUA